AUGCCUUGUUUGUUUUCCUUCGCCCCUGGUUUUGGAAUAGGUACGUUGACUCUCCUAAUUUGCGCGAUGAUCGAAGCCUCCUCCGUUCAUCUACGUCUUUUCUAUGGAACUUGUCGAAAACUCUUGCAGGAGGAAGAAGCAAAGCCUAUGAAGACUAAGCGCUUCAGAGUCGAUUUCGAGGCUAUUAAUAUUCUCAAAAGCAAAGGGAGAUAUCCCAGCGCCGGAGCUAAUCAGAUUAUGGGAACUGUUCCUAGUGUUGAGGUUGGAGACGAGUUUCAGUAUAGGAUGGAGCUGAACAUGCUCGGCAUACACAGACCGAGCCAAGGCGGUAUCGACUAUAUGAAGAUCGGCAGCGACAUCUUCGCCACGAGCAUUGUAGCCUUCGGAGGGUACGACGACGUGCUUGAUAACUCCGAUGUCUUGACCUACACAGGUCAAGGCGGAAACGCGAUGAUGAAACCAAAGAGAGGAGAGCAAGUAAAAGGUCCCGAAGACCAAAAGCUUGUUACGGGAAAUUUAGCUUUAGCAAACAGUAUAAACAAGAAGAACCCUGUGCGUGUCAUAAGAGGCAACAAGAAGGCGGUUUUGGAGUCAUCAUCAUCAGGUGCAAGCAAAGGCGGGAACUAUGUCUACGACGGGUUAUACGUUGUGGAAGAGUAUUGGCAAGAAACCGGAUCACACGGUAAGCUCGUCUUCAAGUAUAAACUCAAGCGUAUACCUGGACAGCCCGAGCUAUCGUGGAAAGUGGUGAAGCAAACGAAGAAGUCGGAGAACCGUGAAGGUUUAUGCAGGCUUGACAUCUCAGAAGGGCACGAGAGGUUACCCAUUUGCGCGGUGAACGAAAUCGACGACGAGGAGCCUCCUCCAUUCAUCUACACGGCUAAGAUGAUUUACCCGAAGUGGCUCACGCGGGUCCCUCCAAAGGGAUGCGGCUGCACGAAGCGAUGCACGGAGAGUAGAAACUACGAACGAUUGAUGUUAUCGGAAAUUUGGUGUUUUGUUUCCGCGAAAUCUUAG